AUGGAGCGCUGGAGAGGUAGAGUGGCCCUUGUGACUGGGGCCUCAGUUGGGAUAGGAGCUGCAGUUGUGAAGGAGCUCGUUCUGCAUGGUAUGAAGGUGGUUGGUUGUGCCAGGGACGUGGAGAAAAUAAAGACACUGUCGGAGGAGUGUCGGGCUGCAGGCCACAGCGGAGUGUUGGUGCCGUAUAAAUGCGAUCUGACCAACGAAGAGGAGAUCCUCUCAAUGUUCUCACACAUUAGAUCCCAGCAUCAGGGAGUGGACGUCUGCAUCAAUAACGCUGGCUUAGCUCAUCCCGAGUCACUUCUGAACGGCAAAACCAGUGGCUGGAAGAACAUGUUAGAUGUGAAUGUGAUUGCCUUAAGUGUUUGCACUCGUGAAGCUUAUCAGUCAAUGAAAGAGAGAAAUGUCGAUGAUGGACACAUUGUGAACAUCAACAGCAUGAGUGGGCAUCGUGUCGUCCACAGUGCAGAUGUCCAUUUCUACAGUGCCACAAAGUUUGCUGUGACGGCGCUCACUGAAGGCCUGAGACAGGAACUGCGAGAGGCCAAGUCCCACAUCAGAGCCACAUCAAUAUCCCCUGGUGUUGUGGAGACAGAGUUUGCCUCACGAUUUUACUCCCAGAAACCUGAAGAACGUGCAACAGCCUACACACAGUUCAAGUGCAUUGAGGCUGUGGAUGUUGCAAAAGCUGUGACCUAUGCUCUAAGUGCGCCCCCCCAUGUGCAGAUUGGAGACAUUCAGAUGCGCCCUGUGGAACAAAUGACUUAG